AUGGCCAGACCCCCAGCCCUGCUCCUUCCCCAGGGCCUCCAGCCCCCAGUGGGCCGUGCCCUGCUCUGGGACCAGGCCAGGGACUUCACCAACACCAUCUCCCCAACAACUUCCACAAAGCCCCCUGGCGCAUCCCCACGUCCCCCAUGGGGCUGGCAGCCAGGGACUGGGGGGCGGCGGGGUGGCAGGGGUGAGCCAGGGUGGUGCGGAGGGCCAGGUGGCCCGCGGCAGAGCGCCAGCCAGCGGGAGAAGUUGCGGAUGCGGCGGCUGGCGCAGGCACUGCUGCGGCUGCGGCACUACCUGCCACCCGCACUGGCGCCUGCGGGGCAGAGCCUCACCAAGAUCGAGACCCUGCGCCUCGCCAUCCGCUACAUCGCCCACCUCUCAGCCCUGCUGGGGCUCAGCGAGGAGGCGCUGGCCCGGCAGCGGGGGGCGGCCCCCCGGCACUGCCCCCUCUGCCCCCAGGGCCUGGGGUGCUGCCAGACCCCGGACCACCGCCUGCACCUGCCGACCCCAGCCCCGCAGGAUGCUUUGCCCCCCGGCACCGUGGGCUGGGGGUCACCUCCCAUGGUGGGGACCCCCCUGGAGCUGCAUGGGGCUCCUGGUAUGGGGACAGGGGCCUGGGGGUCACCCCCUUGUGGCCCUGCUGCAGGGACCCCCCCAGAGGUGCUUGGAGUUCCCGACAUGGGGAUGGAGGCCUGGGGGUCACCCCGCUACAUCCCUGUGGCAGGGACCCCCCUGGAGCUUCACAGGACCCCUGGCUCCAUCUCAGGGUCCUGGUCAUCACCACUGUACAGCCUCGGAGCAGUGACCUCCCUGGACCCCCGGAGACGCGCCAUGGCCACGGGCACUGGGACAGCUUCCUCCUGCUGCUUGGAGCCUGCAGCCCCCCCUCCAGCCUCCUGGGGCAGGAAUGACGGACACAGGGGCCCCCGGGACCCCCAUGCGUGGCUCCCAGCUGCCUGCACACCGCCAGGUACCAGGCCCUGCCCGCGGGCAGCGGCUCCUGCCCCUCACGAGCAGCGAAGGCCCUGA